GGCUGUGGCGGGUGGGGGAGUGGGGUUUGCCGGCAAAUAACUUGGGCACGAGGGGCUUGAUGUCUUUAAAAAGAGCAUCACUUCUUCUGUCCCAGGCUGCGUGAGCUCAUCUGGCGGACGUACGCAAUGGAGCUUCCCCAGCUAGAACACACGGUGAGACGCAGAAGGUGUGACAGCAGCACAGCAUCAGUGCCGCAGCUCUGCAACUCUCCUACACUCAUCGUCAUGGUGGGCCUGCCAGCCAGAGGGAAGACUUACAUCUCCAAGAAGCUCACCCGCUACCUCAACUGGAUCGGGGUUCCCACAAAAACGUUCAACGUGGGCCAGUACCGCCGCCAGGCCGUCAAAACCUACGAGAACUUUGAAUUCUUUAAACCGGACAACGAGGAGGCCAUGAGGAUCCGCAAGGCGUGUGCGGCGGCUGCCCUCAGCGAUGUCACUACCUACUUCACAAGUGACCAAGGUCACGUCGCGGUUUUUGAUGCCACCAACACCACAAGGGAGAGAAGGGCAAACAUCCUCAGCUUUGCCAAGGAGAGAGGCUACAAGGUUUUCUUUGUGGAGUCUAUCUGUGACGACCCAGAAAUAAUUGGAGAGAAUGUUAAGCAAGUGAAAUUUGGGAGUCCAGAUUACGUGAAUCGCAGCAUGGAGGAAGCCAUGGAAGACUUUGUGCAGCGCAUUGAGUGUUACAAGUCCAGCUACAUGCCGAUAGACGACGAAAAAGACAGAAAGCUCUCCUACAUCAAAAUCUAUGAAGUGGGUAAAAGAUACCUGGUCAAUCUGGUCCAGGACCAUAUCCAGAGCAGGAUCGUCUACUAUCUAAUGAACAUCCACGUUGCACCGAGGUCCAUCUACCUGAGCCGCCAUGGGGAAAGCCAACUCAAUCUUCUUGGUCGCAUCGGCGGAGAUUCUUCUUUGUCUGUCAGAGGAUAUGAAUAUGCUGCUGCUUUGAAGACUUUCAUCCAGAGUCAGAAAAUUAAGGACCUGAAGGUGUGGACCAGCCACAUGAAGAGAACCAUCCAAACUGCACACACGCUGGGCGUCCAGUAUGAGCAGUGGAAAGCUCUCAAUGAAAUUGAUGCAGGUGUGUGCGAGGAGUUCACUUAUGAGGAGAUUCAGGAGCAUUACCCCGAAGAGUUUGCAUUGAGGGACCAGGACAAGUUUCGUUAUCGUUAUCCAAAGGGCGAGUCCUAUGAAGACCUGGUGCAUCGCCUGGAGCCUGUCAUCAUGGAGCUGGAGAGGCAGGAGAAUGUUCUGGUCAUCUGCCACCAAGCAGUCAUGCGCUGCCUCUUGGCCUACUUCUUGGACAAGCCCGCAGACCAGCUGCCCUAUCUUAAAUGCCCCCUCCACACGGUGCUCAAACUCACACCAAUAGCCUACGGGUGCAAAGUCGAGUCAUUUUACCUCAACAUCGAGGCUGUCAACACGCAUAGAGACAAGCCUAUGAAUGUGGACAUCAACAGGAACCCAGAAGAAGCCCUGCAGACAGCUCCUGAUCACAUUUGAACAACGUGCCGUGCAAAUGGCAAAGACGGGAUACGGCUGGCAUCUCAGACCUCCUUGUGGAAUCCACACAGCAGUUGCCUUGGCCUUCAAGCCUCCCGCGGCGAGCUGCUUGAAGCGCUCGACAUCGAAGAGCAGCAGCUGGAAGGUUGAUUACGUGACUGCAUUUUCUACAUGACGUGAAAGCAUGUCGUUUGAAGGGCAAACGCUAUCUGGCAGGGAUGACUUCCUGUGUGACUCUCAAGAUAUAUCCAAAGCCAGUUUGACACCUAUUUCAAAAGAGGCUUAAGAAAUGUAGCAUUUAGCACGAAGUUCACCAAGAAGGACAUUGACAAAAUAAAAAUAGCAACUACAAAACAAACUGACCAUUCCAAAAAUAUGCAACCAAAACUAUUCGAAGUGUGUGAAAAUAUGCUGGUCAUGGUACUUUUACCCUCCUCUGAUACGCUUGGAGCCAUGGCAUGCCAUGCAUUGAGUGCAAUAACAUCACUUCUGAUGAUUGCUGACCACCACCAGCACAAAAGAAACGCAGUAAACCGUGACUGUCGGUGAUUCCAUCUCAUCUGAAAGAAUCACCGCUGAGCCAAACAUGUUUUGUACCAGCCAUCCCAUAGUGGUUUCUCAUGACCUUGUGUGACUGAGCCGAAGCUUUGCAUGUUUGCCAGUAAAAAGGAAACCACCACCUAUUUUUGUUUGCCUAGGGAACCUAUCCUCAUUAUUUGCACAAACUUUCCAACACUGUUAAAUAGACAUUUAUUGUUUUAGUAGACCCGCAAAAGGAAAUCAUGUCUGUCAGCUGUCAUCUUCCUGGUCCUUUGCUAAAAUCUGUACCAAAA